AGAGAAGGAAAAUAAAAUGUAGAGAAAAGAAAACAAAUCCCUUCCUUCUCUAUGAUUUUCCCUUCCCCUUAUUUCUUUCUUUUGUUCCCAUUCUCUCUUAUCGGCUCACAGAAACUCAGAAGCACAGGCACUUCGUCUCCUUUAGAGAGAGAGAGGGGGGGUUCUUCUAGAGCGAGAAAGAUCAAUUUAACCCGGUUUUCCCACCUAGUAAAACCUAACCCUAGUUUUGUUGGGUAGGUUUUGGUUCUUCCCACUGGUAGAUUUUGUUCGCGCGCCUCGGCUUGGCUUCUGGGUAGUGGGGGAUGCGAUUGGACCGGAGGACAGGAGAAUUAGGAUUGUGGAAAGUUAUUGAUGCCGCCAGAGCCGUCUCCUUGGGAUCGGAAGGACUUCUUCAGGGAGAGGAAGCACGAGCGUUCGGAGUUGUCCGGAGGUGGAGGGGGCGGCUCCAGUGGUUUUGGAGGGUCCAGAUGGAGGGAGCAUCCGUUGAACCACCAUCACUAUAGCUCUUCUCGCUGGGCAUCAGAUUUCCGCGGUAGAUAUCCUUCUGGUCAUGGUAAGCAGGGUGGCUGGCAUAUGUAUCCAGAGGAAUCGACUCAUGGCUUCAUGGCAUCAAGGUCCAGUGAAAAGAUUUCAGAAGAGGACAGUGGUCGCUAUUCCGGUUCUCGAGGUGAGGGAAAGUCUAGCAGAAAUGGAAGGGAAAAUAGAGGGUCAUUUGGUCAAAGGGAUUGGAGAUGCCAUUCUUGGGAGACCUCUUCUCCUAAUGGACCAGGACGAAUGAAUGAGACAAGUGAUCAGAGGUUGGGGGAUGGAAUGAUGAAUUACCAUUCUUCUCAAGCUCAUUCUGACUAUGCCAAUGCACGUGAUCAGUCUCACUCUAGGGACCAGCACAUUAAGAAUAAUGUUAAUGAUAUAAGAACAGUGGGAAGCACUGGGCAAAGGCUUGAAAGGGAGAACUCUCAAGAAUGGAAACAUCUAAAGUGGACACGCUCAGGAAGUCUGUCUUCACGGGGUUCCUUCAGUCACUCAUGCAGUUCUAAGAGCAUGGGAAUGGAGUCCCAUGAUGCAAAGACUGAGACACAUCCCCGAAAUCUAACACCUAUUCAGUCUCCUUCUGGGGAUGCAACUGCCUGUGUGACGUCAUCUGCUCCCUUGGAAGAGACUAAUUCUCGCAAGAAACCACGCCUUGGUUGGGGGGAAGGCCUUGCAAAAUAUGAGAAGAAGAAGGUUGAAGGCCCUGAAGAAGGUCCUGCCAAGAUUGGUACUUUUAAUUCCGGUAGCAAUUUGGAAGCUAACCAUUUUAGUCCUGCAGUUCUUGCGGAUAAGAAUCCCCAAAUUGCAGCUUCAUCUGACUGUGCAUCACCAACUACUCCAUCAUCAGUUGCAUGUAGUUCCUCACCAGGGAUUGAGGAGAAAUCAUUUUUGAAAGAAACAAAUGCUGAUCACAACUUGGCUGGUAUAAUCGGAUCACCCAGUUCUGCCCCUCCUAGUCGUUCUGAGGUCAUGUUUAACAUGGAGAAUUCAGAUGUCACUACAAUCUCCAAGUUGAACGCUAAAAUUGAUGAACUGUUACAGUCAGAUGAUCCAAUUCUUGCUGAUAAUGGUUUUAAAAGAUCAACUGCACUGAAAAAGUUGCUAUCUUGGAAAAAUGAUGUGUCAAAAGUUUUGGAGAAAACUGAAUUUGAAAUUGAUAUGCUUGAAAAUGAACUCAAAUCUAUGACUUCUGGAAUGGAAAACAAGUGGCCUUUUGGAGAUCAAGGUGCUACUUGCAGUGGACCACAUCAACAUAUUUCUUUGGAAAUCGGUUCCUUUGAAGACACAAAUGUGUACAUAAUAAAUAAUACAGCUGGAGCUGUCAAAGCUAAAACAGUGGAUAUUGAUAGUCCUGGUAGUGCAACAUCAAAGCAUUUUGGAGUUCCUAGAACUGAAAAGGAUGGAUCAGUUUCAGAGCCCAAACAUGAUGAAGCUUUUUUGAAGUCUUCAGAUUGCAGAGGUAUAGACAUGAAAAAUAAAGGGGCUAGUUUUGAAGCGGAAAUUGCAAACAAUGCAUCUGCUUGUAAAGAUGCUUCUCAUAUGAUCACUGCUGACCAGCAAUGUUUUUCUGAUGUUAAUCUAGAUUGUAAUGAUGCCUUGUGUGAUUCAAUAUAUGCUGCUAAUCGGGAGUCUGCAAAUAGAGUUGCUGAAGUUUUUAGAGGUUUAUUGCCAGCAAAGGACUGUACUUAUGACAUUUCAAAAGCUUCCAGUUCUUUGUUGGCAGUUGAUCCUUCAAUUAAAGAAAAAAUUGUUGAGAGGAAGAGGCAACAACAAUUUAAGGAGAAAGUUCUUGCACUUAAGUUUAGGAUCUUUCAUCAUCUAUGGAAGGAAGAAUUCAACAUGCAGUCUUUAAGAAAAUUUCGUUCAAAAUCUCAGAAAAAGUUUGAUCUGAGCAUGCGUUAUGUGCAGACAGGCCAUCAAAAGCAUCGCUUCUCUUCUCGCUCACGGCCUUCUGCUGUUGGAAAUUUAAACCUGGUUCCCUC